AUGGAAAUCAAAAUUCUUCAAGAAAAUUGUGAUAUAAUUUCAUCGGUUGAUACAGAGUUUAAAGGCGAAUUAAGCAAAAUGGUUUUUGAAAUUUUUAAAAAUCUUCAAGAAUAUAAUGAGGAAGCGAUGAGAACUGGAAAUGACCAAAUAGAUGACAUUAUCGUUGAAUUUGUCAGAAUUAGCAAAGAUAUGUCUAUAGAAUCUUAUAAAAUCUUCUCAUUUGCCAACAAUUUAAUUCUGCACACUAACAUAAUUUUGGAUAAUGCAAUUGAAAUUGAUGAAGUUAAAGAAGAAUUAGAAAUUCUGUCUCAAAAUUCCGCUGAAAGAAUUAACUCGAUUAAAAGUCUAAUAGAAGACUGUAGGAAACUUAAGAAACAGAUUGAAAAAUUAAUUUAUGAAAAUGAUGAAAUGAAACAAAAAGACAAUUCAACUUUGAGUUUUAUAUGCUUGCCAUAUAUUGGAUUGAAUUGUUUUGCAGAAAAUCAACCCCUUUCCAAAUGCCUGGCAGAACAAAUCAUUAAACAAAUUAAAUUACUUGAUGAAGUCUUGACACAUGAUUACAAAGAUUUGUGGGAAAGUUAUAAAAAUAAUAUUGAUAGUUUUAUUAGACUUUUAAAUAAACCAUCUAUGAAUAAUGAUAUUAAGAUAAGAAAGGAAAAUUUAGAAAAGGAAAAAGAAAAAUGGAAAGCCUUGAAGAACAAGCACAAAUUAACCUAUUAUGCUACUAAACAAUCAAUUACAAGAG